AUGUCGGAGAGUCAAUUGCUAAAGGAGUUGGCUAAAGUACGGUGGAAUAGUAACCCGAAGGAAUACACGGGCCGGUUUGCGGCUGUAGCGGAGCGUGGGUUGGGUCUUGCCCCUGACGAACUCGCGGACUAUUACUGCACCGAGCUACCGACAGACCUCCAUCUUCUAAUAACCAAUAACGGACAGGUGAAAUAUCAGUCGUGGGAACAAGCGGCGACAGCCGCAACACGCCUCUAUGAGCCCAAGCAGAGUGUGCUGGAAGUCCGAGAAAGGGCCAGUCGAGCCAUUAGGGUUGCCAUCCAAGCUAAUGGACCCCGUCGGCGCCAGGAAAUCGGAAAUCGACCGGGGGGAACCCACACGAACGACUAUGAGUGUCAGGGUCGCGGACAUCCGGCACGUGUCUGCCCCAGCAGGGGAGAACGCACCAAACGUCCGGGGGAAAUAUGCAAGAAGUGUGGCGACGGAACCGUUAAACAAUGGGGCCUAAGCGUGGUUGGAGGCGAGCGUUCUAGGCCGCGUAGCCAUGGCAAAGGGAUGAUAUGUGCGGUAGCGACAGGCCCUAAUGCCAUUCCAGUCUCCCUUGAGUGGGGAAGCCAACUCCUCCGCACUGGGGGAAGAACUAAUACGAACGAUGGGCACGCGGAAGGGACUCAGACGCUUUCGGAAACGCGGUGGGAGUCUGGGUCGGCGUCGAUCCUGAGUGAAGAGUCUCCGGACGCGACGACGGAUAGCAGCAGGAAGCCUGCAGAGCCAACAGAAGACGGCUAUAGGUCAGACGCGACAGAGAUUGUGCCACACUGGUAG